AUGGCAUCUUCAUCUUUUCAACAAGAAAAAUGCAACCAUGGUGAUGAUACUAGAAAUAUUGUGUUAAAGAAAGGGACAUGGUCAAAUGAAGAGGAUCAAUUAUUAAGAGAAUAUGUGACAAAUUAUGGAGUUGGAAAGUGGGAUUCUGUACGCAAGAAAACAACACUUGCUCGAGAUGGAAAAAGUUGCCGUUUAAGAUGGUUAAAUCAUCUAAAACCAACUUUAAAAAAGUGCUCGCUUAGUGAAGAAGAAGGAAGAAAACUUAUUUAUCUCUAUAAUGAGUUAGGGCCCAAAUGGACUCAAAUGCUUUCACAGUUUCCUGGAAGAACCGAUAACGAGUUAAAGAAUUUUAUUAAUUCCAAAAAAAGAAGUUUAAAAAAUUCUAGAAAGCAACUUGUUUGA